AUGGGAUCCCUUCCUUCGCCGCCGUCGCCGUCGCCGGAGAAUUAUCUCUCGAAUUAUGUUGUGGCUGCUGUGUUUUGUCCAAGGGAAGCUAGCUCAGAAGUGACUCUCCCAAAUUCAAUUGAGCUGUAUUACCCACACACCAACACAUGGAGCCAUGUUGGGCCAAUUCCGGGCCUGAUGGAUGGUCAAGUGUUGAAGGGCUUCUCUAUGGUCUCCUUAGGGGACUCAAUUUACAUAAUUGGUGGCCAAAUUUGUCACAAAGAAAGGGUCCACGUCACUGAUGAGUCAGCUGAUUUGCUUGACGUUGGAAUCCAGGUUGUUCCAACGGUCUACCGUUACAAUCUGAAAACCAACCAAUUCUUCCCAUGUGCGCCACUACACGUGGCAAGGUAUGACUUCGCGUGCACGGUUUGCGAUAAUAAGAUCUACGUGGCAGGAGGGAAGUCCACGCUGGCAAGUGCGAGAGGAAUCUCGUCUGCCGAGGUGUAUGACCCCGAGUUCGACACGUGGAGAGCUCUACCCAAUAUGCGUGUUUUGAGGUACAAAUGCACGGGAGUGACGUGGCAGGGAAAAGUGUACAUAGUGGGAGGAUUCGCUGGAAGGGAAGACUCAGAUAAGACGAUGCCUAGCUUAGUAGAGCGGAGCUCGGCGGAGGUUUAUGAGACGGCGACGGAAAAGUGGGAGCUGAUGGCGGGGAUGUGGCAGUUGGACGUGCCGGCGAAUCAAAUAGUGGAAGUGAAUGGAACUCUGUUUAGCUCUGGAGAUUGCUUGAAUGCAUGGAAGGGACAGAUUGAAGCGUAUGAUGGGAAGCUUUGGUAUGAAGUUGAUGGAUCAAGCAACCAAAGCCUUUCCUCUUUGGAACACACCUAUAGCAAACGUUUGUACCUAACAAUGGCACCAAUUGCGACCUCCUUGUUUUUCUUCGCAGGUUACAGGCUGGAUCGUCAUGUUGUCACUACACUGUCUCUUGUCCACGUGUUUGACACGUCAGCCACCGGACACGCUUGGAGGACCUUUGAGCCUGUGGAAUUCGACGGCGAGAGAGAGCUUUGUAGCCAUUGCUGUGUUGUUCAACUCUCCUAA